CUCGUUUUGUCUGACAGUGUUGUUAGCUGCUGUGAGAGGAGAUCCCACGGAGGCUACGUCCACAGCCUCCCCUCCCGUUUUGCCUGCCCCAUUCCAUUUUGUCCAUUUGCGUUCAUCAUCCCAUUCCCCGUUGUGUCUGUUGACCCAUCAGCCCUCAUGUCGUCAUCCGCAUCUUCACCCUUGUCGAUAGAGGCCCCGAGGUCCACGAGCAUGCCCCAGGAUGAGCCCUCGCAGCCGGCUCCACGGUUCUCUGUGCCCCUGAGAAACCAGCAGCAGCUCCCACAGCCUGUUCCGCCCAGCGUCCCCGACAUCCCCUACCCUCAUGGCGCCCAAAUCAAUCCGGUGGUCAACGCCCCAAGUGGCGCAUUCAGCUGGCUCUUCGGUGGGGGCUCCAACCGAGGAAACAAUGCCACACAGAAUCAGGGGUGAGCCAAGGAUGGGUGUGUGAGGAGCUGAGAGGGUCUCUCUCUCUUUCUGUCUCUUUGUGUUCAUUCAGUGCUGCUGCGGCUCCGCCUGGCCCCGGGCCCUGGGGUGAUUGGAUUCCGCCCACCUACUACGCCGGCCCGCCGCCCGGUCUGGCGCCGCCCCCUCACCCGCCCACACCGAUGCCGCUCGCCAACGAUGGUCUGCCGCCUCCCCUGUACCCCGCCAGCCCGUACUACCCCUACCAGUUCGCUGAUCACCUUCGGGGGCAAUGGGUGCCGGUCCGCUUCUCACGUGACACGCUGACCUUGUAUCCGUCGCCCGCUACCACGGCCAGCGGGCACAUAGCGUGGCAAGGGCGUCGCAGCCGUCGCAGCCUCCACAUCGGCUCGGGGCAGCGUGUGGGGGGCCGGGGGCUUGGGGGAGGGGGAGGGGGGAAUGAUGGUGGGGAUAGGGGGGAUCGGGCGAUGCCGUUUCGUGAGUACCUUCAGGCCUUCCUGGAGCGCGACGAGCGGCUGCGUGAGACUGAGACGAUGGGGGAGAUCAUAGAUGGCGAGUACUAUCCCGCACCUGCCUAUUUGCGCCUCAGCGGGGGCCUCACCGUCAAGUAACACACGAGAGUCUUCCCCAUAUCAUCACCUCUUCCUCUUUCUCUUUCAAUGUUUUAAUCUGUCUGUGUCCCCUCUCAAUUUACCAGAGAGUUGCGUUUGAACACGACGAUUGAGAGCUUCACGUCAUCCCGCCGCUUCAAGCUGCCGCGUGCCCGAGAGGAGACACUUCUCUCAGCGUUCCACGUGCCCUACCUCUCGCCCCCAUCGCCAUCCAAGGAGAUGACGCCAGAGCCGUCGACCAAGCCACACUUCGCCGAUGACACGGACGGUGUUGCGGUGAAGGGGUGCUGCCUGCCGCUGGGCGGCUUCACCCGACUGGGCCGCAAGGGGAAGCGCAAGCAGGGUGAGGACGAGACGCGGCCUUUGCAGAAGGGCAUGUCUCUGUCCACCUCUGCCACGAUGGAUGAGGCCAAGGGAGGGGCGGAGGGCACGGGGGAUGAGGGCAAGAAGGCCGAGAAGCCUGGCGGGUGGCGGGCUGCUGUGGCUAUCGCUGAGGAGGACUUUUUCAAGAGUUCCAAGCCCAAAGAUGACGAGGUCAGAGAGAGACAGGGAUCAGCGCGCAGCGAAUCGGAUGUGUUGUUCUGGUGUGGCAUGUAUGUGUGUGGGGUGGGGCAUGUGUGUCAGGGCUGUGCUAUAUGCUGGUGUGAGUAUGAGAAGCACUCCAUUAUCCGCCGCCUGAAUAUCUGCGGGCAUGCAUUUCACGGUAGGCGAACACACACACAUGAGGAUGUCUUGGUGCACACCUCCUCCCUGGAGCGAUUUUCUGCCUCCUCAGUUGACUGUAUCGACCAGUGGCUCGAAGAGCACCACACGUAAAAUGGCACACAAAAGAAAGAAAAAUCCCUACUCGUACCCUGUCUUUCCUUUUGGUUGCCGGUAUGCAGGUGUCCGCUCUGCCGUUGCGAUCUGCGCCGCCCCCCUGGGCUGCGGGAAGACACAGAUAUCGCAGACGGCCAUGCGCGCGACACACCUGUACACACACGAUAGAUGCAGACAGCACGAGCGCCAACAGCAUAUCUCCUUUGUCUGUCUGUCUGUCUCCCUUUCUUUCUUUCUUUGUUUCAGCCGACCUAUCCGCAUCGGCGGACGGUGGAGGCGAACCCAUACACGUGGGCGGGAGGUGUGGCGUACCCCUACGGCCCCCCCACACCUCCCGCCCGAUUCACAUCUCUUCGAGACAACACCACCCCCCUGUUCGGCGGUCAGAGCCCCCGGCCACUCGCCGAGCAGGAGGGCUUGUCGGAUGUGGACCAGGAGGCCAUUCCCAUGACGCUGGACGAUGCCCGCCUGACAGUCGAUCGUCCGCCGACGCCCUCGCCCAUGCGGCCUCCCUUUGGGGAGGUGUCGGUGGCGUCGAGUGAGGUGCCGGAGCGGGAGAUACCCGAACAGGCCGGAUAGCUAGAUGGACUGACUGACUGCAUGGGAUGGGCCACACGGGGGAGAGGAGAGGACGGGCGGGUGUCCUGUGUCGCUCGUGGGGGUCGUGUCGGUCCACCUGAUUGCGCGAGCACUGUCGUUGCACUGUUGUUCUCCUUUUCAUGUCGGUGACAUGGCGUGUCCGAGGGUGGGGAGUGGCGGUUCUUUGGUGAAGCGAGCUGCAAACAACUCGGCAAACAAGACACAAGCGUCUGGCUGUCUGUGUGUCUCGG